AUGAAGUCUAGUGUCGAUGAUCAUCUCGGGAACUAUCAUGUUUAUUGGAAGUUUAACCAAACACAUAUAACUUUCGAGGUACAUGUAAAAACAAGAGGAUAUGUUGGCUUUGGAUUCUCUCCUAAUGGUAAAAUGUACCCUUCUGAUGUUGUUGUUGGCUGGGUGAAAGAUGGAGUUCCCCAUUUUUCAGACUGUCACACUGUCGGUCACUUCCAGCCAGUAAAGGAUAUUUCACAGGAUUGGACACUUCUUCAUGGGGAAGAGAAUAAUUUUGGAACUGUGCUUAAAUUUCAAAGACCAUUGAAUACGUGUGACGACAAUGACACUGAUAUUGUUGAUGACACAAUGCGAAUAAUAUUUGCGUAUCACCCUGACGAUCCAACCGACGAUACUCAUAUGCCUUGGCACGGUGCAACAAGAAGAGGCGCUAAAAGCCUGUUAUUAUUAUCGACGUCAAAACAGUAUAAACUUCCGAAUGAUAGUCAGACUAAAGAUCUGGUCCAUCAUCAAUUUCAUAUACCAUCUAAACGUACAACAUAUCAAUGUAGAGUUUAUUCGUUGGAGGAUAUUUCCACGAAACAUCAUACGAUAAAGUUUGAGGCUGUUAUACAAAAAGGCCAUGAACCAUUUGUACAUCACAUGAAUGUUUACAAGUGCCAUAAUUAUCCGAGGAAGUACAUUGGACGAAAUUUUGAAUGUUACACUGUUCCUGUAGAUAUGAUGCCUUGUGGAAAUGUUGUAGCCGGUUGGGCUGUUGGCAGUGGUCCUUUUCAUUUUCCUCCAAAUGUUGGCUUACCAAUUGGUGAAAAUGAAAAAGAAUAUGCAUACGUCAUUGAAAUUCAUUAUAAUAAUCCUGGGGCUGUUACGGACCUUGUGGACAGCUCUGGUAUGAGGUUCACAUACACGUCACACUUACGUCAAUACGAUGCAGGAUUAUUGACGGUUGGAAUGAGGGAAAAUCAUCAGCACAUUAUUCCACCUCACUAUAACGAAUUCAAAGUACAAAUAGAGGCCACGAAGGAAUGUAUAUCAAAGGGUCUAACUGAAGCUUCCCUAGACGAAAUAAAAUUGUUUGCAGUAUGGCAGCAUGCCCAUCUACUAGGGAAGGGAAUAACAACAAGACAUCUCAGAAAUGAUGUCGAACUGGAACCUAUUGCAGAAGAUGAACAUUAUGACUUUGAUUACCAAGAAACAAGGCUCUUCAAAAAAGAAGUUCCGGUGAGAAAGGGGGAUAGCAUCAGAGUAGAUUGUACAUAUGAUUCUACUUUAAGAAACAAUAUUACAUAUGGAGGAUUAUCGACUGCGAACGAAAUGUGUUUCUCGUUUAUCUACUAUUAUCCCCGGUUUCCAUUGUAUAUGACAACCCAGUCUCUUCUUUAUGAUACAAUUCCUGGUCAUUCGUCAUUACUAUCGUUUUCAUGGGAUGAUCAAAGCUCAGUUGAAGAAUUGGCAAAUCUAGUGGAAACUUAUGAUUGGACAGAUGACUCAGUUAGAAGUAAAUUCCAACAAGACGUACUCAACAGUACCCUGCGAAGUACCUGCUGCUGGAAACAUUCACCAGUUUAUACAACCACGACACUGAAACUUACGGAUCCAAGUGUUCCAUAUCAACCUCCGACUUCAAUCUGUCGUCAGGGCUGAAACUGACAAUUCCAUAUAAAUUCAUACAAAAUAAAGGUUAAUUUCACUAACUAAUAUAAAAAGACCGUUUCCCCAAAAAAAAGGAAGAAAAAGAGGAAAACCCUAUUCAAUCAAUUUAUUGUUCGAUGUAUCAGUUUAUGCCUAUUGCUUUGAAAGCCAAAAAGAAAAAUUUGAAGAUAUUAAAUAGUAAAUUUGUAUACAACAUCAAACAAAAUAAAGAAUUGACGCCACCAAAGUUCGAACUUUAUCUGUAUUUUGUGGUAAUAAGCAUUUUUAUAAGUUUCAUAACAUUUGGUUUAGGCAAACUUAAGUUAGAGAACUGAAACCAGUUUAGGACGUACUUACGGACGGACAGGGAUAACACUUAAUGCCCCCUCCGAUGACGGAGGGGGCAU